UGCAACCCAAUGGCCAACUGCCCCGCUACCGUGAUUAGUGACAGAACCUUCUCCAUGUUCAUUCUCGUUGCUUCUCCUUCGACCGCUUGUUCUAUUUAAGGAGGGUUUUGAUGGAGACAAGUAGGCCUAGAACGCAGGGUUAUAAAUCCUAUGAUGAUGAAGAGAGUUAUUGUCCAAAAUUGGAAGCUUGGAGGAAUCGAUUCGAAACGGAGCUUAAGCGUUUCAUUGAAGAUGAUAAGAAGCAUGAGUUUGUGAAGCUACUAAGGAGCCAAUCUGAUAUAGCUCACAAGUAUUUUGACGAAGCAGGCCAUCCACUGUCAUAUUUCGUUUUAGGUUACUGCUUGCAGUAUUGUGCACUUAAUUGUACAGAAGCAUUGCUUGGAGGGGAGACUGGUGUAACGCUGAAUUUAGAUAAACUUGGAACGACUCCACUCCAUAGGGCAGCAAUUUCAUUAUCUCCUAAAUUAACAAAGUAUUGUCUAAAAUCUGGUUGGCACUGCGACGGAAAAGAUGAUAACGGUUUACAGCCUUUAGAUGAUGCUCUUCUUGGAUUAAGGAACAGGGUUUUUUGGACUCUAGAACAAUCACUGUACUCGUUGAUUUUUGAGCUUACUGGAGAGGGAAUGAUUGAGCCGACCCAGACUAUGAGGUUGCUGAUAGAAAAUACGUCUGAAUCAAAUGUUUCGGAAAUCAUUUGUCGUUAUGGAACAGAAGCAAAAAUAGUAGAGUUGGCCAUGUUGCUUAUUGUGUCGACAGAUAUAAAACAUAUCAGGGUUGACAAUCUUUACUUGCCCAGUAAUGUUUCCUCAGUGGAUCAGUUGACCUUACGCCAAUUUGUUGUCAAUGAGAUUGUAAUGCUUGAAAACAAGUUGCGUAAUGUUGUGGCGGUUGGCAGCUACAAUUUGGCACAGUGCAGGGAAAUGAAGAAAUCAAUGAUGUCUACGUUGUUGUUACUUGAGAUUUUUCAGAGGACUGGGCCUGAGAUCGGACGGGCUGUUAGACGGACAGGUCAAACUUAUCCCUCAACAGCUGAUGCUAUUGGAUGUGUGUUUGAAUGUUCAGACUUUAAAUUGAGCAGCCAAGAGACUUCCUAUCUUUUGAAGUCAAGCUUUAAGUUGGAUCUACCAGCAGAUAGAGUGCAACCUAUUUCAGAGGAGCGUCUACCUGGACUCCACAGUUAUUCCCUGUCUGGCAUACCAGAGCUAGAUUCCUUCAAGACAAUGCCUAAUUUUGGGUGGGAUGAAACUGAUCCUGAGCAUCAGAAGCUACUUCCGAUGCGCACUGUAAUUGAAAAGUUAAGUUCUGCUGCAAGUGUAUGGCAAUGGAAACCAAACGAAUCCAUAUUUAAGUUGGUUAUGAUGCUUUUCCUUCUGAAAAUGCUGUGGCAGAAAGAAACUUGGGGGAUUGCUUGCUCACUUGCACGGAGCUCAGAGAAAAUAAAUGAGAUUGCUUGCUGGUAUGCCAAGGAGGGUAAACUGAUUGAGUUGUCUAUUAUACUAAUGGUGGCAAGGGAGAAGGUCAUGCGCCCAAUUGUCUUUCGGAUUAGGGGCGAGAAAUCUCAUAGGUCCAUGACAUUUCUACAGUUCGUCAAUAGUGAAUUGGCCCAAGCAAUUGAUCUGGAGUGCAGAUUAACUGGAAGAAAGACAAAGCUAGAAGAAGAACUGAAAAAGCUAUGCAAACAAAGGAAGUUGGUUAUGAUGUCUGCUCUUGGGCUGCUAGAAAUUUUUGAGAAGGCUGGAGCUGCCCUUCAAACAUACUUUUGGUCAGAGAGAGGAAAUGUGCAAAAGGAAAAAGUUAUCAAAGAGGUCUCCGUGCUGCUAUCAGAAGCUGGUUUCAACUUAAAAGAAGACAUUGAACUGCAUGAUCCAGUUGAGAGUUCGAUGGAGGUUGAACAACAGAAUGAGGCACUACAAGAUCCACACACGAGUUCCUGUACGUUACAAGGUCGAAACACAGUUGAUGAAAUGUCUACAGAAAGAGGAUGUCAAAUGCAACACCUUACAAGGCUGUCUUAUGUGUUACCGUGUGGUUUUGUUGAGACAUAUGGUUCGUGUGGUGACAUGAGGAACUUUCUUUUCACACGAUAUCCAAGGGAGUGCUCUAAUUUGCCAUCUGGUGCCCAGUCUUUUCGUGCAUUUUGGACAUCAAAAGACAGCAAAGCCAGCUACUGUACUGGCUUUCCAAAAGCAUUGGAGGUUCAAGGCGGUGCUGUGAGAGGAGUCGUCAAUUCGCUCGUGCAGAAAUUUCCAGCCAGCAAGCGUUUUGCCUCCGUUGCAUUAGCAGUCAUUAGACAUGCUGCCUGAUAUCGAGUGCUAUGUGAAAGGUAAUGCGAAACAAGUUCUUUAGAACCUUACCUGGAUGAAGUUAAUUACUACUUGUAAGCUCAGGUAUUUUAGUUUAGGAUGUUAUGGUGGUUUGUUGAUUACUUUUUAGGUCGCAGUCCUAGUAAAUUUAGGUGUUUUGCCUCUUGCCUUUGU